CCGUUGCUAGCCUGCUACCACGACGUCCAUCCUGGCUAGGUCUUCUUGGCGGCCGCGGAUGAACGCCGCCCUAGAUGCCGCCGGAGCGGCCCGCCGCCGCAGCCCACGCCUCCAUCCCCAGGUUCAGGCGAAUGAGGAGGGAGCCGGACUGCAUCUGAGGCGCAGUGCGCGUCUCCAUCCCCCAGUCCACGCAAGUGACGAGGGCGACGGAGUCACCCGCCGCCGCAGCCCUCGCCUCCAUCCCCUGGUUCAAGGAGUGGCUCGCCGGUGCAGCACGCGCCUCCGUCCCAAGGUCCACACGAACACGAGUGAGGAGGCAUCCGGAGUGAUCCGCGGCAGUUGUCGCCGCCGCCACAGCUCGCGGGCUGCGCUAUCCUCACCGCUUGAAGACGACGAUCUCCUGAGGGAGAUCCUGCUCCGUCUCCCACCGCAGACCUCCUCCCUGCCCCGCGCCUCCGCCGUCUGCAAGCGGUGGCGACACGCCUCCACCGACCCAAGGUUCCACCGCCAGUUCCGUGCAUAUCACCAAAAGCCGCCCCUCCUUGGUUUCUUCGAGGAUAGCGUGGAUGGUAUCGUGUUCACACCAAUCCUGGACCAUCCUGAUCGUAUCCCUCCACAGCGCUUCGACCUGCGACUCCACGGCAUUGACAGCGGCGACCUCUCAAGGUUCCAACUGCUUGGAUGCCGUCACGGCCGCCUUCUCAUCAUGCGCCCAAUACAGCAGGAUCUUAUUGUCAUUGCCCCCAUCACCGGGGAGGAGUGCCGUGUGCCCAUUCCGUCGGAGUUCAAUAAACGCUAUGUUAACGGGGCGGUGCUCUGUGCUGCUACUGAUCACGACCAUGUGCACGGAAACUGCCACUUGAGCCCAUUCAAGGUGAUCUUGCUAUCCACGAGCACCUACUAUAGUGGUCCACAGCUCAUCUUAGCAUCUGUUUACUCUUCGAAGGCUGGCGUAUGGGGCGACGUCAUCUCAACUCUGACUCCAUGUGAGCUUCCUGGUGGCGGUACUCAUGGGUCACUAGUUGGUAAUGCACUUUACUGGUUGUGUAGAGAUUACAUGAUUGAGUUUGAUUUGGAUGGGCACAUCUUAGCUUUGAUCAGUGCGCCCCCCACUAUAAAUGAGUCACGUCACUUUUUUGACAUGCGUGAGGUCAUCCAGAUCAUGGAUGGCGCUGUUGGUAUCGCCAUAUUGUCUCACUAUUACCAUAACAUUCAAAUGUGGCAAAGGAAGGUUAAUUGUCAGGGUGCUACCAAAUGGGAGUUGUGGAAGACCAUCGACAUGCAUAACAUUGAUGGGAUCCCCCCUGGGGUUGAAGGAGUGAGGACAGGGUUGUUAUUUAGACUGAGAUAUGUUGAGGAUACUGAUGAAAUAUUUCUAUAUGUGGGCCAUAAUGUCUAUAUGGUUCAACUUAAGUCGAUGCAAUCGAAGAAACUUUGUGAAAGCGGUUGUGUUAGUGCUCAUCAUUCUUUCAAGAGUUUCUGUAUGCCAGGCACAACCAUUGUUGGUGGAUGUGAUGGAUCCCAUACAUAGGAUGACUUUCUGUUUUGUUGUGUUGAAUGGUUCACCAGGUAAGAAGGAUCUUCUGAAUAUACUUUGUGAGAUUUGAACUGAUUGAUUUUCUCUUUGGAAAAUAUCUGGCGGACACUAUGGUUAGCAUGCACCCAUCCUCUAACUACUGUCCUUUCGGCUUAUAGCGAUUCACACAUGGUAAUAACACAGACAAGCAAUUAAAAUGGUGGUGAUGCCAAGAAAAGUGACUCCUUUUUGGCCAUUAAUGAUAUCCAGAUGAUUCAAAUGUUGUAUGCCCGAAGUUCUCUCUUGGUUUAGCUGUUCCGGAAUCUAUAGGUUGACAACAAUAUAUUAUUAACUCAUCUUGUCAUUACAAACACCAGUCACAUCAUUCAACUCCGUCACCCAA